AUGAGGCGUGCAAAGGUUUUUUCUGGUACUUCUCACCCUGAACUUACAGAACAUAUAUGUGAAAGACUAGGAAUAACUCCAGCUCCAGUUGCAUUGAAGAAAUUUGGUAAUCAAGAAACUUCUGUUAAAAUAGGCUGUUCAGUUCGAAAUGAAGACGUAUUUAUUAUUCAAUCAGGUUCUAGAAAUAUUAAUGAUCAUUUAAUGGAAUUAUUGAUCAUGAUAUCUGCUUGUAAGGGUGCUUCAGCGAGUCGAAUUACUGCUGUAAUGCCUUACUUUCCAUAUUCGAAACAAAGUAAAAAAAAGAAAUAUCGCGGGGCCAUAACAGCAAAAAUGGUAGCCAAUUUACUUUCUGUCGCCGGUGUGGAUCAUAUUAUCACAAUGGAUCUUCACGCUUCACAAAUGCAAGGUUUUUUUAAUAAACCAGUUGAUAAUUUAUAUGCUGAACCUUCAAUUGCUAAAUGGAUUCAAGAUUCCGUACCUGAAUAUUCUACCGGUGUCGUAGUUAGUAAGAAUGCGGGUGGAGCAAAAAGAGUGACUUCUCUUGCCGAUCGACUUAAAAUCGAUUUUGCUCUCAUUCAUACCGAUCGUACAAGAGUGUUACGGAAUAAUUCAACCACAACUGUAACACCUGUAAAUGAAGUAUCAACCGAAGAAUCGAUAUCGAUAUCCGAUGAAGAUAAAAAUUUUUCUUUUCAGACAUCUAAUACAACAAGCAAUAAUAUUACUUUUGCAAUUAUUAAUGACAAAAAAUAUGAUGACGAAGAUGAUUUACCGAGUUCCUCUACGUCAUUUUCAGAAGAACCUCUUUUCUCAGAAGAAAAUGAAUUAAAUUGCAGUAAUACUAUUACCCUUGUUGGUGAUGUUGCAGGGAAAGUAGCAUUUAUAGUUGAUGAUAUGAUUGACAAAGCAGGUUCAUUCAUAGCUGCAGCUGAACAUUUAAUGAAAAGAUGUAAUGCAAAACGUGUUUACGUGAUUUCUACUCAUGGAAUCUUAAGUAAUGAUAGUCUUAUAGAGAUUGAAAAAUGUAAAAGUAUACAUAAGUUGGUUGUAACUAAUACAUUCCCUAUUCCACUAGAAAAUCGACAUCAAAGUACUAAACUUGAAAUAAUUGAUGUUUCUGCAACCUUGGCAGAGGCCAUUAGAAGAACUCAUAAUGGUGAAAGUAUUAGUUAUUUAUUUUAUACAGCUUUAUAA